CACCCCUCGCCUUCCUUAACCUAGGAGUUGGUCAUUGGUCGGCCUUUUCCUUUGGUGGCAGGGCGUUGGCUCGUCACAUUUGACUACAGUUCCACUGCAGUUAGAAAUGCCCCCAUAAAAGGAUGUUUUGCUUAAUAGUGCCCUCUCGAGCUCCGUUUCCAGUUCAUUUCCUUAUUCUUCUCUCUGUAGCAGCACAAAGAAGAGGCAGCUGAAAGGGUAGAGAGCCAAGCUUGGAUGGACAUGGAUCCUCAUGAUACAUUUGAUACUGACCUUUCUCUUGGGCUAGGCAUCGGUCCUGCGAGCACAGCAUCGGCCGAUGACUGUCGUCGUCGGCAACGAGGACGUUGCUCGCCUUGCACGAACCUGUUCCCUGACGAGCCGUCCCUCAGCUUGAGCCUCUCCGAUGAUCCCUCCGGUGGUGGCCGGACCAUGCAAAAGGCUGAAGCUGAUAGGCCAGCGCAGCUAUCGUCUUCUCGUAGCGCAGCCUCCUCGUUCUCCUCUGCUGCGUACGUAGCGAUCCCGAAGAAGAAGAAGAAGAAGAAGAAGAAGAAGGAGGAGGAGGAGGAUGAUGUGGGAGCGGAGGUGGAGAGAGUUUCAUCUCGUGGUAGCGAUGAGGAGGAGAACAGCAGCGGCAGGAAGAAGCUUAGGCUCACGAGAGAGCAGUCCGCUCUGUUGGAGGACAGAUUCAAGGAGCAUACUACCCUAAAUCCGAAACAAAAGCAAGCGUUGGCCAAGGAUUUGAAUCUGCGGCCCCGGCAAGUGGAAGUGUGGUUCCAGAACAGGAGAGCAAGGACGAAGCUGAAGCAGACCGAGGUCGACUGUGAGUUCCUUAAGAAGUGCUACGAGGCGCUGACCAACGAGAACCAGAGGCUACAGAAGGAGCUGCAGGAGCUCAAGGCUCUCAAAUUCGCGCAGCCACUGCUCCACAUGCAGCUCCCGUCGGCGGCCGCGCCCCUCACGAUGUGCCCAUCCUGCCAGAGGAUCAGCGGCGGCGGCGGCGACGCCAAAGACAGUUCCAAAGCACCAAAACCCGGUCACUGCUUGAAUCCUUUUUCUCAUUCAGCUGCAUGCUGAACCCACAGCCUCUCCAUUUUUACAGGGAGCUGGGGAAGCAUCUUUCAUAUGAUUUGCUUAAACUAUAUCUCAAAUCAAUCAUAAAAGAAGGGAGGAUUCCGAUA